AUCGCACAUUUGCGAAGAAGUGUAAAAAUUAAGAAAAAGAAAAUUAAUUAAUAUACUGACGCUUUUUGGCCAAUAAAUCGUCGUAACUAAAUUUAUGCAUUUUUUUGCCGCAGCCAUGUGAAAGAAUACCAUAGACAUACCUACAUACAUACAUAUAUGCUGGUAGUACUGAUAAGAAUAGGUAAUGUAAUCAUGUUCUAUUUGCUGAUACGUAUGCUCGUGAUAGUGGCCAGUAUAGUUGAGUGUUGGAGCUUCAAUAGUAUUUUAUCACAGCCCAUCAUAAAUGGCACCAACAACGAAACGUUUUCGAAGUUCAUAAAUUCGAUUGAGUCUGCAGCAGCGGAUGAAGCUUCAAACUAUCGCACUAGCACGGAUGUGCCUUUACAAUAUGUGAAAAGCAUUGCUGUGCCCGAGGACUGCUCCCAACGCAAUAAGAAAGUGGAACAGCCGCUACAUACUAAAAAUUCGAGACUGAAGAAAUGCUGCCCCCAUGGCGAGGGCUUAAGUAUUUUCCGUGAGAAUCAAACCGAUGAAUUUUGCGAUUCGACAAAUUUUCAUUUUGAGCCCAGUAUUAUAAGCGCAAUUCUAUAUGACAAUUGUAUUGAGGAUGAUGAGGCUGUGGUGGAGUUGCAGUAUGAAAUUGGGAAUCCCUGCAAUUCGUCCUUAAUUUACAAUGACGAAGAUGAUACAUUUUUCGUUUUACAAGAUGGCUCACUGCUCAUCAUGGACAAAUAUGGAAACGACAGUUACACAGUGGAAAAAUACUAUUGCCUCGAUAUGGACAAUGUGUCCGGCAUAACCUAUGCAAUCACCUGCAUUACAGCUAUUGAGGAACAUUUGAAGCGUGGUCAAAUGAUUGCCAUUGCCGCCUUGAUGCUUGUGUCCAUACCGUGUUUAUUGAUUGUCAGCUACUUGCAUAUAAGACUGAAAGAACUGCGUACAGUGCAUGGCCUGUGUUUGAGUCUGUUGUCAAUGUGCUUGGCAAUGGGCUAUUUUCUUCACUCGUUGGUGCAUAUUUUCAAGAUUGAUUCCAAGAAUACGGGUUACGUGAUACAAUUUUUUAUGUUAUCCUACUUUAUAUGGUUCUUUUGUCUCUGCUGGAAUGUACUGGUGAAUAUUUGGUAUCGAAUCCCAAAGAACAAAAGGCGUACGAAAGUACAAACGUGGUUGGUUUUUGGCGUAAAUCUUUUGAUCUGUUGCACCAUAGCAGGAUCAUUAGUUGCUAUGACUGUGCAUAAAGGAUUACCCGGUAUGCCAUCCUACUUUAUGCAGGGUUUGACAGCGUCCAUUCGCGAGUCUCAACGUUACUUCAUACCGCCAGUAUCCUCAUUUCUGUUCUUAUCAUUUAUCGUGAUGAUGAUAUCCUUCUUCGGUUUUCAAAGGAUUAAGAAGCGUAAAUCAGAUACAUCAGCCAAAAAUAGUAGUAAAAAUGGAACGCUUUAUACGAAUGUAGCUACAGAAAUCGAUGAAAUGAAGUAUGAAGAAGUAAAAAAAGAUGCCAAAUGUAUAAGCUUCUUGGGCGUUGUUCUUAUAGUGUCUUGGCUUUUGGAAAUCGUUACAUUCUAUUCACCUGGCCCAGAGNGUUCAUAUGCAUAG